AUGAGUCGGCUGAGAGUGUUGUGUUCAGUUGAAAAGAGGCGCCACGGAUGCAUUCCCAUCUACCAGGCAGCAGUGCUCGAGUACCUGAUCGCCAAGAUCUUGGAGCUGGCGGGAAACGUGGCUCCUGACAACAAGAAGACCAGGAUCAUUCCCCGACACCUGCAGCUGACAGUCCGCAAUGAUGAGGAGCUCAACAAGCUGCUGGGAAGAGUGACCAUUGCUCAGGGAGGAGUUCUGCCCAGCAUGCAUGUGGUCUUGUUGCCCAAGAAGGCCGAGAAACCCGUCAAGUCCAAAUAG